AAUGCUCUAUUUUCUACCAGUCAACGUUCAGCGAUGCUGGCAAGAUCUGGAAUGUAGGAGAUGAGUCACAUACAUUCGCAAGGUUAUAAAUACACACAUAGGUUCAUUAUAUUGAAUGAAUCAUAAACAAAACCUUCGAAAAUAGUAAGACAUUCUAAUUGAAUCGAAGGAACAGUCACGAAUUUAGCUUUGUCCUGUGAUUGUGAGUACUUCUCUCGAACUGAGCAAUGGAGACAACGUAGUAAACUGGAAAGGGGUUACGGUUUGUCGACAGAUUUGUGUGUGAUGGUCAACAGCAGUUAAAAAAUUCCAUUGAACAGAGGAAAUCUGAUCUCAGUGACCACACAGCUGUAGGGACCAAAGAAAACAUUGUGACCAGCAUAAAGUUGUCAUAUAGAGAUGAAACUCCAGCCGCUUUUGUUUGAUACAAGCACUAUGUAUGGUACGCCAGGAUUCCCCAUGCCGUCCUGGGGCCGAUGGUCACAACCAAGCACAAUAGCCCCUGUCUCCCGCCAGCCAUAUGAAAGACUCCGGGAAUAUCCAGUGCCUCAGGCCUCAGAUGAAAUUCCUUCAGAUUUCUGGGAGCCUGUUGUUCCUAAUAGAUCUACUUCCAGAGAGUCUCGUACUAAUGAUGACCGCAGGGAAAGGUCAGACACUGGACGUUCAAUACCAAUUAGUAUUGAACAUGUAACCACAGGAAGAUCUGAAAUGUAUGGAAUGUAUGAUGAUCGUAUUUGUGAUUACAAUCAGACAUCUAAUUAUGAUGAUUAUGGUUGGGGUCAAGGUCAAACAGGUUCACAAAGUAGUCGAGUUAGUGAUGAGAGAACAGACAUAAACAGUAAUGCAAAUGGAGCAAGGCUUAAAACAAACGAAUACGCAAGAUGUACAAGGUCAAGUGAUGAAAGAGAAAGGACUCGCAGAACUAGGUCAGAUCUAUAUACUAGAACUUCAUACCCAAGGUCAAGGACGUCUGACAACUGUGUCAUUAGUGAAGUAGGUGCUAGACCAGAACGAUCGCGUGAAGAUCUGGUAUGUACAGGUGUUCAGAGGCCGAGCGAAUCCAGAAAAUGUGAUUAUGAGGAUAUUGAUGCACAGAUAGCAGCCUCAUAUGGCUAUGAUAUGGGGACAAAGGAUGAGAAUGAUUUUGAACUCAAAGUCAACUUACCAAAAUCUCCACAAACACCUGUCCUUUCUAAACUAAGAACUUUGAAGUCGUCGAACAUGUACAUCAUUCUUGAUGAGGAUGAAGAGGAAGAAGUAAAAAAUUACAAAAAGACAAAUCCGUCCAUGAAAAAGGACAGUGACUUGCCAGAAAUUCUCAAUUCUAGAGGUGAAUUUUAUGAUUUGUGUGAAGAGUCGUAUGAAGACUCUUGCAAAUGUGAAGGACUUGUUGUCAACCUACCACCUCCCAAGGUAAAAAGUACACCUAUAGAAAAACCAGACAUAACACCAGCGGGAAAAUGUGUGACCAAGGCCCCUGCAGAUAAUCGAAACAUAUCUGAUCCUCCAAGUUACCCAGCAUACAACAUUAUAAGAAAAGUCAUUAGCAGCUUUGGAGGAGUAAUUGAUUACAUCAGGGGUGAUGGAAAUUGCUUCUUCCGUGCUCUCAGCAAAGUCAUUUAUGGAGAUGAGAGCUGCCAUGGGGAGGUCAGACAAGCCAUGGUUGACAUCAUGGAAAAAUUCCCAAAAGAUUUUGAACAAUUCAUUGACAAUCCUUCAAUACAGGACCACUUCAAAGAGAUGAGGAAAGAUGGUGUCUGGGCGACUCAGGCGGAAAUAUACGGAGCGGCUUCCUUUCUACAGCGGGAUAUCUAUGUUCUCUCUCCUGAUCACACUGGGGACACGUAUCGUUGGCUGCUCUUCUCACCUCGUCUACAAUGCUCCAAGGCCGAUACCUACCACACUUGUCAUGUCACUCUGUGUCACACCAAUGGUAACCAUUACGACAGGAUUGCUCCGGCAACUGGCGAUUGUAACUGCGGAGUGGCGCCACCUGUGUUAAACGGCACAAAUCUACAAGUGGACCUGACAUCAGGAACAGACCAGGUUGUGUAAUCAUGCAUUCACUCUAGAAAUGGAAGUUUCAUUUCUACCUCUGCUGAUAUAGAUGUCUAUAGCUCUCUAUAUAGCUAGUGCUCUUAUAUUACAGCACAUGGGGUUCAGCUGAUGAACUAGGAUUGAUGUUAUGUCAUGCAUGAGUAACUUUUAAAACUAAAUGGUACCCCUGUACAUAUCCUAUCAGGUCUACAUUCUUGUUUUACCUGUUUAUCUUUAUUUUCAGACAUGCAUGACUUGUAACAAUACACAGGAGUUGUUGAACCUUGUAACACAUGGCGGGCAUUAUUACAUCUGAUUUAGUUGAAAGAUUUAUUUUUUUUUGGAUUUUUUUCAGUUUUUGUGUUAUGAUUUUUCAAGCCCUGUAAAAAAUAUUUGUUUCCACUAAUCAAGACAUGUUUUUAUUCUUUAAGUUAGAUAGAAAGUAUUAUUUAAGUCCAUCUGCCUUCCAUACAUGUAUCUUUGUAGGCAUUUUACUCGUACCUGAAACACUCAUAUUUUUUACUUCGUCCUUAUAAAUGUAUUAAUUAGAUGUGUGAUCAUAAAAAUACCUCUUAACAAUUUUGCCUGCCACUUGUAUAUCUUUAUCUUGAUAGAAAAAAUAAUGUUUUAUUUUAAAUUUGUACCCAAUUGCUGAAUCCGGUGUUAGAUAAAUAUAAACUGCCUCCAUGAACAUAUAUAUAUACAUAAUGUAUAUUGAAUAAUUUUGGUGUCUGUAUAUGCAUUUAUUUAAGAUCUAAUAUAAUGAUCAGAUAUUGACCAUGACCAUCUGUGAAAAUAAAUUGAUAUAGCAAAUUAAAUUCAUUAUACCCACAUUAAUGUUGAAUGAGGGUCAUGUUUAUUUUGAGAAUUACAUGUAAUCAUAUUAGUAAACCUGUACAUUUAUAAUUACGUGGCAAUGUCAUCCUCCGUUUCACAUACAUAGAGCAUUGAUCCUAGUGGCCGCUUUAUCUGCCAUAGGUGCUACUAUAUAUCCUAUUUUGACAAGCUUAAGGUUUACAGGCAAAAAGCAUAUAAUUCUUAUUAACUGAAAGAUGCCAAGACUGGUUGUGUCCUACUUGUGUAUUUUUGCUGUCAAAUUUCAGCAUAGUGCUUAUUAAAUAUAUACACUGGAAUUCAUAUUUUGUGCAUUAUGUUGUUUUCACUUUUUCAUUCUUCAUUGUGAAAUGUGGCUUGCAAAUUUGUUUAUUGGUUGGAUGUUUUGAGGCCCGUUUCAUACAUUUAAUGAAAAAUUAGAGUUAUUAUAUCUAUAUACAGUGUACAUGUAUAGUGUUAAUUCCUUUUUUUGUGAUUGAUGUUCUUAUGGGGUCUCAUUAAGAUAAUAAUUACAAACCUAUAGGUAUGACUUAUUUUUUGACAUGUUUUGGACAUUAAGGGCUAAACUUUCAUACCAAAUUGUUUGUUCUUUUUUUUAUGCUAGUAAAAUGGAGGCAUUUGAAACCUGUGUAAUCUUUAACAAGUUUAACAGGAGUUUGUCACAUCUGUCUGUGGUGCUCUUGUUAAAAAUCUUUCUAUUUCAUUUGGUUGGUAAUUACAAUGCAUUAUAUAUAUAUAUAGUUAUUAUAAUUGUAAAUUUUUGUCUCAUCUGCCUUAUACAUGACAAUUAUGAUGAUGAAGUUGUAUUAUAUUUGGUAUUGUGUAUAACAUAUCCGGUGCUAACGGCAAAUAGCCGCAAUUCAUUGUUGUGAUAUAUUGUAUUUAAUGUCCUCAUUUUUUGUAUAUAAAAAAAUGACAAGAGGUGCUAUAAAUUUGUUUAUGAUUUUGACUCAAUAUUUCAUGGGUGAUGAUUUAGCAAUCAAUAAUAACACGAAAAUAGAUAAUAACACAAAAAUAGAUAAUAACACAAAAAUAAAGCAUUAUAUGUAGUGUCAAUUAAUUCUGAAAGUAUCUUUGGCCAGCUGCUUAUAUUUCAAAUAUGUAAAACCUUGCUAGCUAGCGAGCCCAACACGGAGAUUUUUUCGUUGGUCUGAUUUGAUGUUUUACGCACACUUUAUCUUUAUCUUCACCUGUACAUGUACCUACGACAGGUUUGUCUAAAUUUCUAUGAUUCACUACCUUCAGGGGCAUUGUAUGACUAUCUGGUGAUAAAAAAAAUGUUAAAUUUUAUAACACAAUUGUGACCUCAAUCUAUGAACAUGUGGUAUAUGUGGGAUAUGAAUCCAAUUGAUUUGCUCUUGGUCCCCGGAUCCUCCUGACCAGUGUAUGCUGAGUGAAAUGAGUUCUACGUACCUUAAUGAUUUGAUACCAGCUGAUUACAUUUCUUGUGAUUUGUUAUCUGUUGUGUAAAUACUUUCACAAGUUUUAGUUACAAGUACAAGUCAACACAUGCACAGUGCUUUUAUAUUCAAUGUUUUUCAGCUUCAAGUUGAACCUAAGGAAUUAUCAUUACUUCUGAAUCUGAACAGUCAAAUUAGAACUAUGUCAAAUAGACAUGUUCAUUCAAAUUCAUGAGUCAAAUCUCAAUAUUUGAGAUUGAGAGUUAAAAACACUCUCAGUGGUCAACUAGGUGUUCAUCAGGGUCCACCAAUAUUAUUUAUGCAUUUUACAUGAUAAUUAUGUUUACUCAAGAGCAUAACAGAAUUUAACGAUUUUUUUUUAUGUAAGACUUUUUAAAAUCCAAUAAUGCUUUCCUAUUGGGAAAAUUUAACUUGGGGUUCUACUUAAGUUGAGGAACGGUGAUGAAACUGAGGCCUGUUUACCUGUAUAUAUAUAUAUUGACCCAUAGAAUUAACAUUUCAUGUUGAGUAAGAAGGUCCAGGGUUCCAGUCAAGUUCAAACAAACAAUAUAUUAAGCCCAUCAUGCCUUAAAGAGUUUAUUAACCUGUUGUAAAGUGUUCAUAUAUAUAUAUAUAACAUUUGUCCGUUUGUCUUUCAGUGCCUUUAGGUGAGGGACUUCACACAUUAAUUAUGAAACCCACUGUCCUUAAUUGUUUAUCACAAGAUACUUCAUUAGGCCUGCUACGACACCAUAUUCAAAUCUACAAUUUUAAUUUGGUUCUUGGUUUAAUUUUAACGUCCUAUUAACAGCCAGGGUCAUUGAAGGAGUUCAAGGAGGUAGAUGAAAGCCAGAGUACCCGCAGAAAAACUACCCGCCUACGGUCAGUACCUGGCAACUGCCCCACGUAGGUUUCGAACUCGCAACCCAGAGGUGGAGGGCUAGUGAUAUAGUGUCGGGACUCCUUAACCACUCUGCCACCACGGCCCCGCCUACUAUUUUAAAUAUGAUCAUUGAUUAUACAAAGAGACUUGAGGUUUUAUUUGUGCUAAGUCCCUCUAUCCUUUAAUCUAAAAUUUCAUAGAAUUUAUAUGAAAUUAAGAAAUGUUGUAUAUGCUGUCAUUAACCUGGAAUUGUUAUUAAGCUGAUGUUGGUAACCUGUACAUCUAAACACAUUACAACUUUGUACAUGUAUUUCACCAACUGAUGUUUCACUUUGUGCUAUUUUUGUUGAUAUAAUAAACACUGAUAUUUCAUCAGCUAAAGUAAUAUUCUCAGAAUUAUUACUCUGGUCUAAUUUAAUUAUAACAGACACAUGUACAAUGUGAGUCCCAAAAAUUAGUUUAGAAUAAACUUAUUUGACACACAGGGACAGGGAAAAAAAUUCCAAUCCAUGGUCUGAAUGGAUUUUGAAGAAAUUUGGUCAGAAGCACCAUUUGGGAAAUGAAACAAAUUUUGUCUAAAUGGCGACUAGCCUCCCUCAGGGGCUGGAGGGGUGGGGCCAAAUAAGGGAAACAGAGCUCGAGGCAAGUCCUCAGAUUGCUACCAAAAUGGAUUUUGAUCAAAUCUGGUCCGACAUGUAUGCUUUGGGGAAGGUUAAAAAAAUUUAUAUAAAUGGCGACUCUUGUCCCCCUGUGGAUGGAGGGGCAGGACUCAAUAUUAGAAAUGAGAGUAUUUUCGUUAAAUGUCUUUUUUUCGAUAACUACAGUAAUAUUGAGGUGUUAUGCAUGCCCCUUGGGGCUGUUGUUUUAUACAUAGCUGCAUUAUACUCGGUCAUUGUAUGUGAAAUUUGUAAAGCAUUUGAAGCAAUAUAUGCUAAAAAUAUCAAGGGAACAAAUGUCUUAUCAGUAUUGAAAAGAUCAGUAUUAUAUUCUGGGGCCAUUUCAUUUAUGGGCACAAACAGGUUAUUUGAGGGAGUCAAAAUAAGCGGGAAACAGGGGCAUGCUGUCAUGGUAACGGUGCACCAACAUAUUUUCUGGUUUUCGUAAACAAUUUGUUGAAACUCUGGUCCAACUGCUUGCGCAGUAAUCAAUGAAACCAGUCAUGUUAUACAGUGGAUGGAAGACAAGACAUUUAAUUGUAAACUUUAAUUAUUGGCAAUGAUUGCUAAAAAAGUUAUAUCAAAUUACAUCAUCACUCUUGUUAGAUUGGAUAGAAGCACAUGGGUGGUUUUACUGUGAGUAGGAGGAAACCAGAGUUACUGGAGAAAAUCAAUCUAAUUAAAAUCUAGAUGGUCAUUCUUACUACAUAACAUGUACAGAUGUUGAACAGAUGUUCAUGUAACGUAGUGAGAAUGACCAUCUUGAUUUUAAUUAGAUUGGGAGAAAAUCCACAUAAUAGCUUUUCACGUCUGAUUAGGGAAUCAAAUCCUCCGAUGCCUAGGUGAAAUGCAAGUCUUACAAAGAGAUUUGAUUUUGCAAUAUUCAAAGUUAUUGAAUAUAUAACACUAAAUUCAAUACUCUGUGAAUAUCAAAUACCACAAAUUUAUAAUGUAUCAUUUGUAGGCAUACUAUUUACAAAGUGGUGUUGUGUGAAUUUUUUUUGAAACAAAAAAACUCAACAUUUGACGGGAACAAUAGUGAAAUUGAAAUAACUACAUUGUACAUGACAUGUCAUGUGUAAACAGUAUUGACCAUGCAGCCCUUUACUAGGCCAGAUACUGUACAGCUAGGUAGCAACAAACAGCACUUAACCCUUUCAUCCCUACUGAGCAUAUUGGACUUCAAAUAACAAAUGAAUGGCAGAGUCCACAAAAGUUUCCUUCGGUUGAAAGGGUAAAUGUUUACUUCUCUGGACAGAUACAUUUUCUUCGUUUUGUUAAUUAGUAACAUUUUAACUUGAGUAUCACAGCUAGGGACUUAGCAAGAAGUUCCAACCCAGGUUUCAUAAAUUGGUAUAUGUUGAACACACUGUUGAAUUUGUGCCAAGUCCCUAUGACAAAGGGAAAAAGGUAUAUGUUAAUUUGUCACUUAUCGUAAAAAGAUCUGGGAAAUUUAUUUGGUAAAUUUACAUUCAGUAUUUCGGAUUUAGAUAUUUUACAUUUCAUAUGAUAUUUGUAUACAUGUAUUGAAAAUAUUUAACAAUUAGUUUGAUACACAAGAUACAUAUCGGAGAUUUGUGCAUUAUUUAUGUUUUAAGUUUUAUUGAUAUAUUUUAAACUGAUAAUGAAGAGAUUACGGGUAAUUUUUAUGACGGUGUACUGUAAUGUAUGUUUUUGGUUGUCUAAUGUCAUUGGUCUACUUAAGAUUACAGUAAAACGUAUUUAUAGUUACAGUAAGGCUAUACAUGUAUUAAAUUAAUUCCUAGAUUCUCAUCCCCUUCCGCCCUGAUUUUAUUUGAUCAAAUAAAAUAAAUUGGGGUGGCCCAAUGUUAUCAGAUUAUGUAUUAAGGUAUGAUAUAUACCUUAUUUUAACAAUUUUUUACAAGAAAAAAAAAAAUUAAAUAAAGAAAAGGAAAUCUGUCCCCCUGCCCCGAUUUAAAAUAAUAUUUGGAUGAGAAUUAAUUGAUUAUGGCCUUAGUAUUUUUUUUCUUGAUUUCAUAAAAAAAAAAUUUAAGUUUAAAGGAUGUAUUUUUGAAAAAUUGUGAACUGUUCAAAUUGCUUUAAUUAGAUUUUAAUCUACCCUAAAAAAA